UUGCCCAGGGUCUAGGCGACCUAGGGCCAAGAGAGAGACCUCAGAUUUUGGCAAAAGGCCUAUGUAUAUAUUCAUAAUGAUAUAACUGUCUUCCAAUAAUGUACACAGUCAGCUCGGAGAUCUACAGUGAGACCAAUUAUCAACCAACUCGCACAGAGGAUGGCCAGAAAGUGGUGUCCAAGUUUCGUUUCCGUUAUCCGGAAACUGGGGAAAAACAGGAUAAAUCAUUGAGCAACAUUAUUGACAAGGAUGGAGAUCUGGAUGUUGCCCGUCCCCGGCGAGGCGUCAUUGAACUUGAACAUUCCGUGGCAACCGAAUUAAAAUUGGUGGGCCUGCAAGUAUGGCGGGGUGCUCUGCUCCUGGCGGAUUAUUUAUUCCAUCGGCGCGAGUCAAUGGCUGGCCGGACCAUAAUGGAGCUGGGAGCUGGCGUUGGCCUAACUAGUAUAGCAGCCGCCAUCCACAAUGCGGGCCAGGUCUAUUGCACCGAUGUCGAUUUGGGUUGCAUUCUCCAACUUAUAAGCGGCAAUGUUCAAAGGAAUCUCAAAUUGCUCCAUGGUCAAGGUCAAGGUCAAGUGAAAGUAAUGGAGUUCAACUUUCUCACACCCAAGGAGGAGCAAACUGAACAAUUACUCAGAGCCAUAGAUGCCAGCGAUAUCAUAUUGGCAGCCGAUGUCAUAUACGAUGACACCUUGACGGAUGCCUUCAUACGUGUCAUCGAUGAGAUGCUAAAAAAAGACAAUAAAAAGACAUUCUAUGUGGCCUUGGAGAAGCGUUAUGUAUUCACAUUUGCCGAUUGUGAUUCUGUGGCACCCAUGUAUGAAUAUUUUGUGGCACAGACAAGGUCAAAGCCAUGGCUUAUAGAGCACCUUCCAUUGGAUUUUCCCCAAUACUUUGAAUACGAACGCUGCCCCCAACUGGUGCUGAUGAGGAUUACCUCACGAUAGCUAAUCCCCCUCUAGCAUUUAGUAAUCAACAAAUUUCAAGACGUCCCUCAUUAUGUUUGUACAUACAUAUCUAUAUAUGUAACUAGCUGAAUAAAUGGAAUAAACAUUUAAAUAGAUUAUUAAAGACGUCCUUUUGUCAGGACAAAUUGAU